AAGCGGAUGAUGUACGCGGCGUGGAUUGUGUUCUCACAGCCAAACCCAAACCCCACUCCCCAAGUCUAAGUGAUGAUUAUUUAAAUUAGGAAAUGUAAAAAAAAUCAAGGUAAAAAAAAGCGAAAAGGUCCCCCACACUUUUACGUAUUACCAUUUUACAGCAAGACCCAUUUUAAUCAGGAAGACACCAAUCUGGACCUUCCUUACCUUCACCAAUUGACUUUUCUUAUUAGCCCUAGCCAAUACACACACAUUCAUUCAUUCAACCAAAGAUUCGCUGCAUCAUCUCCGACGGCGUACGCCAUUUCUUCCGGCGAACAUGACUUUCGCAUCUCACGUAUUCCGUCACUCUAAACAGUUGAAAAAUGCUCCUGGAUUGCUACGGCAGGAUCAUGCUGUUCUGGUUCGGUGGUUUACGCAUAGUACUCGUUCCGUCACUAGCAAAGGGGAUGAUAUGUUGAAGCAUCGCCAGAUUAGCAAUGUUUUCGGGGAGAGUGUGUGUGCAUGUAAGUCUUGCAGUGGAUCCAUGUCUAGUGCACCCGUGUUCACUCGAAGUUAUAGGGCGGUUAAUUCCACAAAGGUGCAAAAUGGACAUGCUGCUAGUGGCAUGGUGUUUAGUAGAGGAAUUACAUGCUCUGAUGUGCAACUGAAGAGAAGUUUUGCAACAAAUUCAGGCCUUCCCCCACACCAAGAGCUCGGGAUGCCUUCUCUUUCUCCUACAAUGACAGAGGGCAACAUAGCACGCUGGUUAAAGAAAGAAGGUGAUCAAGUCUCACCUGGUGAAGUACUAUGUGAAGUUGAAACAGAUAAAGCCACCGUUGAAAUGGAAUGUAUGGAGGAAGGAUAUCUUGCUAAGAUUAUACAUGGAGAUGGAGCAAAAGAAAUCAAAGUUGGCGAGGUGAUUGCUAUAACUGUUGAAGACAAGGAAGAUAUUGAAAAAUUCAAAGACUACAAACCCCAAGCAUCAGAUGGUGGGGCCCAACAAGCUCCCCCAGAAAGUACUCCUACCAAAGAAGAGGUAAUUGAAAAAGCACCCAGCCCACCUGAACCAAAACCUGUGAAGCCCAGUACAUCACCUGCAACAGACCGUGUUUUUGCUAGUCCUCUUGCAAGAAAAUUGGCUGAAGAUAACAAUGUAUCUUUAUCAAGUAUUAAAGGUACAGGCCCUGAUGGAAGCAUUGUGAAGGCUGACAUCGAAGAAUACUUAGCUUCUGGUAAGAAAGAUCUUUCAGCAGCACCAUCAAAGGCUGACGCUAAAGCUCCAGUUUCCGCUAUCAAUUACACUGACAUUCCAAACUCUCAGAUAAGAAAGGUCACCGCUUCACGGUUGUUGAUGUCAAAGCAAACCAUUCCACAUUAUUAUCUUACUGUAGAUACAUGUGUCGACAAGCUUACUAAAUUGCGUGCAGAACUCAAUUCGUUACAAGAAGCUUCAGGAGGGAAGAAGAUAUCCAUUAAUGAUCUUGUGAUUAAGGCUGCAGCAUUAGCUCUUCGUAAAGUUCCUCAAUGUAACAGUUCGUGGACUAAUGAUUAUAUUCGUCAGUUUCAUGAAGUGCACAUCAACGUGGCUGUGCAGACCGAUAAUGGACUCUUUGUCCCUGUCGUAAGGGACGCUGAUAAGAAGGGCCUGUCAGCAAUUUCAGAGGAUGUAAAGAAUCUAGCCCAAAAAGCUAGAGAAAACAGCUUGAAACCAGCUGAAUAUGAGGGGGGUACAUUCACGGUUUCAAAUCUAGGGGGCCCGUUUGGGAUCAAGCAGUUUUGUGCUAUCAUAAAUCCACCUCAGGCUGGCAUUCUAGCAGUUGGAUCUGCUGAGAAGAGGGUUAUUCCCGGUUCAGUGGCUGGAGAAUUCCAGUUUGCGUCAUACAUGUCUGUCACAUUGAGUUGUGAUCACCGUGUUAUUGAUGGUGCUAUUGGUGCGGAAUGGCUAAAAGCAUUCAAAGGCUACAUAGAGAAUCCGGAGACAAUGCUGCUUUAGAGACCAUCAUCUGUGUUUUCUCUUUUUGAUUUAAUUUCCAUUUGCGAUUAUCAAUUUCUUUCCAUGUGUUGUUUACCCACUGGCUUUCGGUUGAUCACAUGAUGAAAUCUUGGUUUCAAAAUAAGAAAAGAGAGGUCGAGUUUUCGAGUCAUGAAAACGUGAACUCAGUUUUGGUGAUGUAUAGAGUUAACAUCUAAUGUGCAGGACGUAAUUCUCGAUUCAAUUCUUGCACUUGCAUGUAACCUGAAUAAAACCGAUUACCCAACUGAUACUAUGUUUUGGUUUCAUUUAUUUCUAAUUCAUCUUGCAGAUUG